UAUGGACCUUACAGGCGGAGAUUUAAUGGUGUUUGUUACCCAAUGGCUUUGCCGACUACGGAUGAUUUGUACUCAUGUUAUGACAAAUUGGUCGACACUUCUGUAGAUUUAAAAGAAAAAGAAAAUGCCUACAAAAUAGUACUUGAAGGUGUUAAAGGGGAAGAAAAUGCAAAGAGAUUGUCAAGUCAGUUUAUAGCAAGAUUCAGCAAACUUUUCGAGAAUCUACUGGAAGAAAGUUUCAAUUGUUUCCUCGAUUUAUGUGACGAUGACGAUGUUAAUGUUCGAAGCCAAGUGGUGCAUGAUUUAUUACAGUUUUGUAAGCAUGCUCGAGUAUUCGUCCCACGUGUUGCUGAUGUCCUCGUUCAAAUGUAUCAAACUGAUGACAAAAAGGAGUUGAAUGUUAUUUCUUUAGCAUUAUCCCAACUACUUCAUUCUGAGCCUAAAGCAACUUUACUGGGUAUAUUUAAUCGACUUCUUUCAAUGAAUGCGGAAAACUCCAGAGAAAAUACUCUCAAAUUCUUGUGUGAACGUUUAAAGAAUCUACCGGAUGAUGUACUGACUAGUGAUUUGGAGUCUUUUGUAGUUGAACAAACUAAUCGAGUACUACAUGAUGUUUCUGAAGAAGAGUUUCCAAUGUUAAUUUCCCUACUAUCAUCCUUGAGGUGUAUGUCUACUCUGACUGGUAGGCAAAAGUUAGUGGGUAUGAUUUCGCAACAAGCUUUGCAAGCUGUUCCGACAUUCAAUGCCAGUGAUCGUGCAUGUAUAGCUCAAGUUCGCGAGAGUUGUAAACAAGCUGCCUUGUGUGUAUCUAAAAACGUUAACGCUCAUGAUUUGUACAUAUACAUGUUAGAAAAAUUCUUACCGCAAUUUGCUGAUUUUGCUGAAGACACUUUCGAUGAACGACUUAGUUUACUUCAGUUAACUGCAGAGCUACUAUCUUUUCCAAGUCCAACACUUGCAUCUAUAAAAUCAGAGGAUAUAAUAAAGUAUCUAGAUUCCGUUUUCAGUAUAUUGUCAAUGUUCUUACCUAACAUCCCUUCGGAAGACGCAACUGACGACAUGAAACAGUCGUCUAAAGAAAAACCAACAUUAAACCAAAUGGGUGUAAAGUUUUCAGAGUUAGAGGCAAGUUUGUUUUUAUGUUGCCAGCUUGCAUGUUAUUGCCCUCAAUAUUUCGGAGGUAAAGCGAGUGAUAAUGGGUCCGAGUUAUCUGUUAUCAAAGAUGGAGUCGAUAGAUUACGCAACGUUAAACCUCGUCUUCAGUACUUAAGCCAGUUAGCACAGGAUUAUGCAACAACAAUAUCUGGUCAGCUAAAUAAGGAUUUACAAUCUGAAGAAAGUAAGCUUCGGAACAUGGCUCACAGACUUAUGAUGAACAUCCAACGUAUGAUACGAUGCUUCUUUCAUAACCCUCCAAUGUUUAAAACCACCAGUGUAACAUUGUCAUGGAUCCAAUCGCCUGUUACUUCGAACCCAGGCACAAAACGUUCGUUCUCCACAGAUCUGAGUAAUAAUCAUAAUGCAAGUAGUGUUCGACCAAUACGUGGUGAUAGACCACUGUAUACACCACCAAUCGGUCAAUGGUCUCGUAUUGAAACUACCGAUUCAAAUAAAAGCCGGUUUCGCAUUGGUCGCAGUAGUCGAGGUCGUGGACGUAAUUACUGAAUUAACAUCCUUGUUUGUUUUUUGUGUUACUGAUUGAUUCCCUCUUUUUUAAUUGCUGACUGUAAAAUAUUUUAUAACCAGCUGUGUUAAUACUACUACUCUGUGUGUAAUCCAACACAUUUUUAACACUGUGGUAUUUUACCUCUUUUUCUAUACAUGUAUGAUAUUAGUAAUAAACUAACAUCUCAUAA